AUGUCUGGGCACCUAGACCCGAGCCUGACCGACGAUGGAAUCAUCGCCACCUUCACACCCGCCGAGCGACGUUUGCACGAAUGGUACGAGGAUGGCGGCCUGGAACCGUACAUGUGGGGAGGAGAUUUGAUCCGUGACUUGGAAGCCAUGUUCCCCGACAUCGAAGACGUUACCGAAGCCUUGAAUACUUUCAGUACUAAGUGGAUCGGCCGAGAACAUAGGCGAGAAAGGGCUCCAGUUUCACGCAGCUCGCUCCUCACUCGCAUCAGAGAGACUUCGUGCCGGGAUUCUCGGCAUCUCCAAAAGACCAUCUCAGCAAUCCAGAGAGACAAUAUCCCUGAUUUCCUUGUGGGUGAAAGCCGCUUCGGUGGUACCUUGACGGGAUACGCCAUCCAAGUGAACCCCCGCGCAUUCAACCCUGAUGAACCAUUCGACGAGAUCAGUGAGGAGGAACGCGCCAUGGCCUUAGAUCCCGCUAUCGUGGCGAUCGAUGUUGCUACCAUUUCUUCUCAACUAUCUCCUCCACCCGUCGAUCCACCUGGUCUGUCAAGUGCACAGAAACGCCGACGUGAGAAUCGAAGCUCUGGCGAGGACUCGGCUGCCUCCAUGCGCAGCGCCAACAGCGACGAUUUUCUUGACACCGAGCCGGAUGUCUUUUACCAAGUUGGAACGCUAAUGCACUGUACAGGGGAGGACUGGAUGAAGGUUCGAGAGAAAUCUGUCCAGGACAAGCCAGUCUACUACACAGCUUACUCAUGGCUGCAGACCGGCUACAGCGUCGUCGUCAAGCUGGACAGAAAUGGCUACCCAACAGGACCUGUCUUUGCCAUCUGUGCAUCCUCUUACGUGAUGCCUGAGAUGGAUUGCUUUCAAGCUGAAGAGAUUGAAGACAUGGAGUAUCGGCACUACCUUCUCCAGUUGCAUGUGGGCAGCCUUUACUCUGGCUGUGAUACAAAGUUCUUCCUUGCUCAGAUGGCGGAAAAGCUUGAAGACCUUCACCAUGGCGUCGAGUUCAACUUUGAUAUCAAGACCCAGAAGAAAUGCAUGGUGCAGUCAACCAAGUUGGUUGGUGUCGGGCUGUCCCAGAUGAUUAUUCCUCAGCAGAUUUGCGAUACCCCUGGCAUCAGCGAGUACAAACGACCCCGCAUGGAAAUGAUGGACGAGAGAGACUAG